GAAAAAACAUUCAUUCGAUUUGAGCACCAGCCGUUGCAUUAAAAUUAGUAAGGGCCCAUUUUUUCUUUUUGUGUGUUAUUAACGUGAAUUUGAUUUGUUAUUUUUUUAUUUUUACGUUGAAAAGAUUCUAAAAAAUAUCGAUUAUGAUGAUCAAAACAGUGGAUAAAAUUGUUGAUAUUGAUAUAUUUCAAGAUGUUUUCGGUUCAAUCGAUAAAAAUUUUAUCGAAUCAAUCGUUUCGAUUGCCAAUUCUACGUUUGCUUAUGGUGACCAAAUUUGUAAAAUGUUAUGGUUAGAACCGGAUUCAUCCAAACCACAAAAGAUUUCUUCAUUAAAUAAUAUGAAAAUCGUUCAAGUGGAUUCUGGUGACUAUUUUGUCGUUAUUCUCACUAAUGAUGGUCGUGUUUAUUUAGCCAGUGAUGAUGAUGUCUGGGAUACGAAAAGAACGUUCAAAUUAAUAACAGUCAGUAAUAAUGAUGAUCGAUUCAAAAUGAUUGCUUGUGGAGAAUCGGAUUUUCUAUUGUUGCGACAAGAUGGUACUGUUUUCAAAAGUUUUGACAGCUCUAACGAUUUCGAAAAAUCUCUACCAAAACGUAUUGAACCUGUUAAAGGUUUAAAAAAUGUGAAACUUAUUUCUUGUGGUGAAAGUCAUUGGUUUGCAUUGACAAAUAGAGAAAAACUUUAUUCAUGGGGAAAAAACGAUUAUGGACAAUCAGGUCAUAGUGAUCGAAAACUUGUUGACUACCCAAAAUUUCUUCAAAUUUCUAGUGAUUCGAUUAAUAAUCGAAUCAAAGAUAUUGCGACUGGCAUGUAUUUUUCCUUAAUUUUACUGGAAAAUGGGCAACUUUAUUUUUGUGGCAAGGAUUUGGCUGAUGCUGAUGAAUACUCGGACUCUAAAAAUGUUAUUUCCCCAGAAUUAGUUCUUAGCGAAGUAGAAAGAAUUGCCACUUCAAAAUAUGGUUUUUUUGCCUUAGCUUAUAGUAAAUCAUCGUAUUAUGUAUGGGGGAAAAUUCACGAACAUCUUUGGCCUUCAUUCACAAAAUUGGAUGCUCAAUUUGAAUCAUUUGCAGCUGUUAUUGAAAAAUUCACUCCAUUACCAUUUACAUUUGGUCUGACACCAACAUUUUAUCAAAUUGAAGAUUGUAAUCAUCCACUUCGCAAACCCGAAGAAUCUAUUCGUCGAUUAUUUAAUAAUCCUGAUAAUUAUGAUGUUGAAUUCAUCAUUGGCAAACAACAACAACGUAUUGUGGCAAGUAAAUGCUAUCUAAAAUCGGUUUCGGAAUAUUUUCGCAAAAUGUUAUCGGGUGAAUGGCGUGAAAAUGAUCGUAUAAUGAUUGAUUCAUAUUCCUAUGAUACAUAUUAUUCAUAUCUAAAUAUGUUACAUUGUGGCCAUAAGGAUUCUAUCAAAAUCAACGCAGACAAUAUUGGCGAAUUCACUGAUCUAGCACAUUGUUAUUGUGAUCAAGAAUUGCUUGGAUAUUGUAAAUAUUUUAUUCAAAAUGAUCUUAAUGAAAAAACAUUACAAAUUUAUCUUCCAAUAAUUUCUAAAUAUCAACUUGAUGAAUUGAAUGGUAAACUUCGACAAAUUGCAUAUGAUAAACUAUUUCCCCAUACGCGAAGCAAUUAUCGACAAAAAAUUGAGAAUUCUGUUCAAGAUUUUCUUCAAAAUUAUAUCGAAAAACAGCAACCAUCAUUGCAUUCAUCUUCAGAAUCAAUAGAUUCAUCAAACAAAAAACCCAAAAUCAAAUGAUUGCAUUUAUUUUUCAAAAAAAAGUUCUGUAAGAGGUGGAAUUUAUCAACGAUAUUGUCCUUCAUUCACAAUAUUAAA